AUGAGACUUAAGGCUUUUGUGAGAGGGAAACGUUUUACUGUUACUUUGGCGGAUGUUGUUGAGGUUACUAGAUUACCGAGGGUGGCUAAGCCGGGAUAUCCUUGUGUUCCUAAGGAUACCCCUAAGUUGGAUGCAAUAGCAGGUGCUAAUGCCAAAAUAGUUGUUUUACUUCAUGCUAUGGGUAAUGGGGUUCAGAAAGAUCUGCCCAAUUUGAUAGUGAAGGAGAUAUUUGAUGCCUCAAACAAUGAGUUUUCAAUGGUUCUCUUCCUUUGGGAGGAAUUAUUACUGCUUUGUAUGAGAAAAAAAGGAGUAGAAUUUCCUAUUGUGGUUGAAUACAAGGAAUCAAUAUCUGCAAUAUUGGGUAGUACUGUUGGUAAAAACACAAGGCAAGCAACAAUAAUGAUUGAUGAAGAUGAAGGAGGUGAUAUUGGAGUAUAG